AUGUUUCAGCCCGAAUUGAGUUACAAAGCAAGCGAAAAAUUACGAGUUCCCCCUAUGCUGUGGAUACCGCACCAAUUGGUCGGCGCACCCUUGGACCAUGCCGUUACGCUGGAAUGCUACACAGAGGCUCAUCCGACUUCUUUGAAUUACUGGACCAGGGAGGACGGUCUGAUGAUUCAGGGGAGCAAGAAGUACAAGACUACCUCCACGCCGGAGAAACCCUCGUACAAGACGCAUAUGACGCUCACGAUACACGAUUUGCAGGAGGAGGAUUACGGUACCUACAAGUGCGUCGCGAAAAACCCACGUGGAGAGACCGAUGGCACGAUUCGUCUGUACAUGUCGACGCCUCCGAGCACCAGCCCGAGCCCGUCUACCACGGAGAUGCCGAAGAAAGAUUGGGAGCUGAUGGCCGAAAUGAAUAACUCUGUUUACGGGAAUCCAAGCUCGCUGACGAUUCACAACGAGAAAAACGUGAAAUCAGGUAAUAAAUUCCAGUCGAACCUCAGCGAGAUCGGCAAGUCUGAGCAAAAAUCGAGCGACCCAGAUAGGAAAAGAAACUACAAUUGGACUCCAGACAGCGACUCAGCCAUCGACGUGACAACGACGGGAUUGCUUCUGAUGAUAGCUCUGGUCGUGGUGUCAAUCAUUCGAUAAGCUAAACUGGAAAUAGACGCGUCGUUGGACGUCGAUCACACGUGUAAUUAACCUGGAUUUCAAAAGAUAUAAAAGAACAAGGAGUCAGAGACCGACUGCGAGAGAUACACAAACGACAUGCGAUAACACCAGCGCACACGUACAUAUGCAUACACACAUACACAUAUAUAAACAAAUAUAUAUAUAUACAUACGUACAUGAGAAAAAAGGGUGAACGACUGAGUAGUUAGUGUCGUAUUAAAACACGAACGAGCAGGAUGAUUAAUAAUAAGAAUAAUAAUUACGCGUGCCAAGCCAGUGUAGCGCAGUGUCCAGGAAAGCAAGACGAAAUGAGAGAGAUCGUGCGAUAGAAAACGAAUUUCUAUCGACUAAUCAGUAUGUACGAAACGUAGAUGGUAAGAGAAGGGUGAGCAAAUCACAAAGUGCAACGACUAUCGCUUUCAGUGUAACAUAUUGUAUAACGCCGUAAUGUCGCCGCAAAGAACGACACGCCAACGAUCUCGAGUUCCGAGCUGAAAGAAAGUCUCCCUCGAGCUUGUUCGAGUUCAAAACUAAUAGUUUCGCGAAGUUCUGGUUGAGAAAUUCUGUUGGAAAAUUCACUCCGAUCCUCCUUCAUUCCAUCUUUUUGGAACAGUUACACGUUAUACAAAUAUUCGAAGAAAUACCGUUCUUUUAUUUCAGCAGUUUAGAAUACAAAUGACACUUUCUGAAGAUUAAUAUUCCAAAUCUUCCCAGCCGGUAGCCCGAAGAUUGUUAUUUGGACUGGUAUAUACUGCGGAAUCUUAUUUGAGAAUUUCUUCAUUCCCUUUAUUCCCUUUUUUAUCCUAUUUCUUUCUAUCUUUCUACUCGAGAUACGAGUGUCUUUUUAAAGAUUAAUAUUUCAUCUUUCGAACCAGCAGCUUGAAAAUUAUUUGUACCGUUUUGUGCAAGAGGAUAAAAGUAAAAGCAAAAGUUUUAGUGAUAAAAGUAAAUUUAAAAAAAAAAAUGUAUCUUAAUAUUUAACAGUGAAAUGUCAUCAAGUGAAAUUGUUGCAAGAUUGACUAUAACAUUAAAGAAUAUUUUUGAAUGGAAACAUUUUUGAUUAUAGUCCUUUGUUAUUCACUAAUAUAUUUAUUUUAAUAAGUAUUAUUUGUAGAUAU